CCGAAGAGAAUGACAGCGGUCACAGAUGGAGGAACCUGAGGCGCUGUGUUCUGAUUGGCUGCUUCACUGGCCGUCCUCUCUGAGCCAAUCACAAUGCAGGAAUUCUUGCAGAGCAGCCGUGUGGAGAACAGAAUGAGACCACGAGAGACAGAGACGACGGAGAAGACAUUCAGUGGACAUCCUGAAGAACCAAGAAGAAGAGAUUUCAAAGGUCAAAGGAGAGACACAGACUUCAUUAAUGAGCUGCUUCAGUUAUGUUAGACGGUUUCACGUCCUGAACAACGUUUAGGUUUAGACCUGGUUUCUAGUUUAGGCUUUCUAGAUUCUAGAUGAGAUGAGAUGAGUUGAGUUUAACCCAGUGAAGUUGAGUUUCAGAGCUUUAAAAGAGAUUUUAUUAUUGGGAUUCUGUGGACAUCGAUUCAGUUGUUUUGUUGUUGUUUCUAUUGACAUUUUGGGAUCAUGGUUGCAUUAAGGCAAUUUUAGGCCAUAAACAGUGGUUUGCUCAUGCAAGAUUUGGACUCCUGUUGAUUCAAGUCUCAGUCGGUUUGGAGAUGGAGUUGUGGAGACAGUGUGCCGGCUGGUUAAUUCAGUGCCGGGUGCUUUCUGAGAACCACAGAGUGACCUGGGACAGCGCACAGGUGUGUGAACUGGCUCAUGCGCUGAGAGAUGGAGUUUUACUUUGUCAAUUGCUGAAUAACCUCCUACCACAGUCAGUCAACCUGCGACAGAUUAACCUCCGACCCCAGAUGUCUCAGUUUUUGUGUCUGAAGAACAUCAGGGCAUUCUUGUGCACCUGUCAGGAAAAAUUCGGCAUGAGGAAGAAUGAGCUCUUCGAGGCCUUCGACCUCUUCGAUGUUCGAGACUUCGCAAAGGUGAUUGACACAUUGUCCACCCUGUCGCACACAUCGCUGGCCAUGCAGAGAGGAUUCCGACCUUUUCCAGAUGAACUGUGUGUUGGAGAUGAUGAUAUCUACACCGGCCUUUCAGACCAGAUCGAUGAUACAGUGGAGGAAGAUGACGAUCUCUAUGACUGUGUAGAGGAAGAAGAGAAUGAAGGAGACGACAUUUAUGAAGAUCUGAUGAGAACAGAAGAACCAGAAACACAGCAGAAAGCUGAAGUGGACAAGAGAAGUUGUUGUCUUCUAGAAAUCAGACAGACGGAAGAGAAAUACACUGACACACUGGAAUCAAUACUUCAGCACUUUCUGAAACCAUUACAGCCAUUUCUGCAGCCUGUUGAUCUUGAGAACAUCUUUAUUAAUAUUGAAGAAUUAGCAAACACACAUCGUUCUCUCCUUCAUGAGGUUCAGGAAUCUAUUCUGCAUUUGCGAGCAGUAAACCUUUACCAGGUCUUCAUUGACUACAAGGAAAGGUUGCUGUUAUAUGGACGUUACUGUAGUCAGGUGGAAGCUGCUACCAAACACCUGGACAAAAUCGCGGGCACGAGAGAAGAUGUUAAAAUGAAACUAGAGGAGUGUUCAAUGAGAGCGAACAGCGGUAGAUUUACUCUCAGAGAUCUGCUCAUGGUGCCAAUGCAGAGAGUCCUCAAAUAUCAUUUACUGCUGCAGGAGCUAUUGAAACACACAGUGGACCAACAAGAGAAAGAAAACCUGCGUAUGGCACUGGACGCCAUGAGGGAUCUUGCUCAGUGUGUGAAUGAAGUGAAGAGAGACAAUGAAAUAAUUCGCCAAAUCACAACGUUUCAGCUUUGCAUCGAGAACAUGACUCAGUCUCUAGCAUUGUUUGGACGUCCCAAAAUCGAUGGAGAAUUUAAGUUCUGCAACCCAGACAAGAAAUCUAAACAGGACAGAUACGGGUUUCUCUUCGAUAAAGCUCUGUUUGUGUGUAAGAAGCGCAGUGGAGAGAGUAUGGAGCUGAAGGAGAUGAUUGAACUUCAACAUUAUCAGCUGCGAGAUGAACCAUCUGGAGAGAGAGACAACAAGAAGUGGACACACAGUUUCCUGCUGAUAGACUUGUACGGUCAGGGCGGAUACGAACUGUUCUUUAAGACUCGAGAACUGAAGAAGAAAUGGCUGGAGCAGUUUGAGAUGGCGCUAUCCAACAUGUGUCCAGAAAACAGCUCUGCUAACGGUCAUGACUUCCAGAUGCACUGCUUUGAAGAAACCACCUCGUGUAAAUCCUGUCAAAUGCUCCUCAGGGGAAUCUUCUUUCAGGGCUAUCGCUGCUCUCGCUGUAAGAUGGCUGCUCAUAAAGAGUGUUUGGGACGAGUUCCAGCGUGUGGACGAAACUCUGAAAACUCAGGAACUAUGAAGAAGAGUAAAACUAUGAGAGCAGCAGCUCAAAGAUCGAAACCAGGUCUGCCAAAGAUGGAGGUGUGUGUGGAUUAUUAUGGGCUGCCACCGCCCCCUGUUGCAUUCGGCCAACCGCUGCAGCUAUUUGUCGGUGAUGUCAUAGAGCUGACCCGCGCCGAGGUCGACUUACAAUGGUGGGAGGGCAGGAAUCUGAGGAUCGGAGAGGUCGGCUGGUUUCCCAGCAGUAAAGUUCAGCCUUUUGUUCCGAGACCCUGUCCAGACUUAACGGCACUUCCCUGGUUUGCAGGUAAUAUGGACAGGGCCGGUGCUAAAACUCUUCUGAUGGCGCGAUCUGAUGGAACGUUUCUGGUGCGACAGAAAGACGCUGGAGAAUUUGCCAUCAGCCUUAAGUUCAACAUGGACACCAGGCACAUUAAAGUGACGUUUUCUGAGGGACUGUACAGAAUUAAUGAUAAGAAAGCUUUCAAGGGGCUGUUCGAGUUGGUGCAGUAUUAUCAGGAGAAUUCACUGCGAGAGUGUUUCAAAGAUGUCGACUCGAGACUGCUGACGCCGUACAAACAACCUGAACAGAGCACGGCAGUGCACACCAACACACACAGCACAGGUGUGAGCGAGCGGUAUCACGGCACAGCUAAAGUGCGCUACGACUUCUCCGCGCGGGACCGAACUGAACUGUCUCUGAGAGAGGGCGACACCGUCAAAAUCAUCUCCAAGAAAGCUCACAACGGCUGGUGGAGAGGAGAGGUGUACGGCAGGGUGGGACUUUUUCCUGCUAAUUACGUGGAGGAGGAGCAUUCUGAUUACUGCUGACCAAUCAGAUCAACACAUCCUCUAUGACGUCAUACUGACGUUUGAGUUUCUAGACACAUUAACAACACUCAUCACACCUGUUAUCUGUGCAGGACAGUGACAUCACAACACUGUUUUCAUAACCACAUUAAUAUAAAGCUGAAUGAUGACUGUAAAUCAAUAGUGCUGUAUAAUAUCACAUCAUAAAAACUGAAGCAUUUCAUUGUGAAAUAAUUCAUAUUAUUCAUGUUUUCAUCUGUUCUGGGAAAGAAAGUCUUUAGUGGAUAAAAUAAGAAAUGCUCAUUAAAAAUGUUUUGCUUAAAACAAGUUUUGGUAUUCAACAAACACAAAGACUGCAGCAUAUGUAAAUAUGAGUUCAUUUCCAAAUAAUAUCAAAACAAUUCAACUGAAAAGCGUGCGCGUGCGUGCGUGCGCGUGUGACGCGAUCAUCGGUGCUCCGCAACUGACCAUGAAUAACGUAUAAGGUGCGAGUUAGGGCAGUCGUUGGACUCUCUGGUGCCCCCUAGGCAGUCGGUGCCCUACGCAGAUUAUGUAAUAUGCGUGUAGGGAGCGGCGGUACUGAUAAUAGAAUAAUGCACCAUAUCAAAGAAAAAUAAAUAACAAUUUGCAAAA